ACUUUAGGCUGGACAUUGGGGGUCAAACCACGUGGGUAUAUAUUCCAAUAUAUAUAAACAUAGCCUUAACGCCGGUUUUCUGAUUCACAACACUGAGAAAUACACUUUUAAAAGGAUUACUUAAGAAUUCAUCAGAAAACAAUAAUUGAAGAUGAAGUAUAUAAUAGCGAUCUGCGUUUUUGCGGCUGCUGCUUAUCAGAUUGCUUCACAAUCAUGCCAUCUUCGAGAAGUGGACCUGUGUAUCGCUACUAUGAUUUUCCACUAUCAAGGUAGUGGAAUACCAACUGAUGAGAGUGGAGUAUCUCAGCUUUGCGAAUCUAUUGACGAAACUUCACAAUGUCUUCGAAAUUUCACAAAUAAAUGCAUGACACCUGUCCAAAGAGAAGUACUUAACUUGGUUGCUGAGGGUUCUGAAGCUACAGUUAAGGAUUUUUGCACACAAGGAUCCGAAUUGAGAGCCAAAUACCUUAGACACUCCAGAUGCUUAGGAGAAGUCCAUGCUGAAGACCAAAUGAGAGAUUGCAUGGUUGACAUGCAGGUCACUGUCGAAACUGUUACAACAACUAAAUUCGACAAACGAGUCGGCACUCUUUGUUGUGGAUUCAGACGAUUCUUGGAAUGCGGCGAAAAACUCACAGAACAAAAGUGUGGCCGAGAAGCUGUGGAGAUGGGCAGGACCGUUUCUCAGUUGGCUGUUACUGAACUUCCAGGCGUCGUUUGCAACUCUUUUGACCCUAACAGCAACCAAUGCCAAGCACUUUUGCCACCUAAAGGCUCCACACCAAAAGGCACUCAAUCUAGUUCCCAAUUAGCGCGACUUUUGGCUACAGCAUUAGGAAACUAAGAACAUUUAAAAGCCAAACUACUGAAGGAAUCUGCCUAGAGAUUUUCAUGACUGCGUCAUAUGUUGUAAAAUUU